AUGGCAUCCUCAAACCAGCUUGAUGGCGAUAUUCAGAAUCAUCUAGUUUCAUUCGCACCUACUACGUCCUUUCCUGCAGUCGGAAGCAAAACUGCAGAGACAAAGUACAACGCAACUCUGCUUGCUCCUAGCUCCGCUUCUUCAGUGAAUUCAAACUUACGAAAUUUCCUACCUCGACCGCGAUUUUUCGAAUCUCCUUCAGCAAAUAUACCCAAAACCCCGGGAGGUGCACCCGCAUUCUCGGCCUCCAGAUGGGACCCUGUAUCUUUUCUGAAUGCUCGAAGCUUCUGUCCGAAACCAAAUGAUCUGAGUACUAACUGCGAGCAAAAUAGUAAAAGCUCGGAAAGUAGUCGUGCGAUCCUCCCUCGAAUGUCUUUUCAGUUUGAAAGUGCUGGCCAGCUAUACCCCUCUGCUUCGUCAGACACAGAUAAUCAGCUACAAGAUGAAAAAAGACAAUACGAAACCAACGGGAAAGUAGGAAACAUGCUGGAUCAUAUAUACAACGUCACGACUAGAGACCUAGCUCCUCAAAAGCGCAGGAAGAUACACGAUGAUCGACUCCAAAAUCAAGCUGAGGUUCACUUUGUCGCCGCUAGAGAAUUGAAGCUAUCGCCAAAUUCCUCAGGAGAACAGAGACGAGAAGGUUCUCAAAACAUUACCACAAAAGAUCCACAACCAACACACAUCUCGUUGAUCGAUGAUGACGAUAACAUUCAAGUGAGCGUAAAUCAUGAAAUGCGGGAAGUUUGCUAUGGUCGUAUUGAAGGGGCGGAGAUUAAAGCUUUCAAGGUACCUACGCCAAGACCCGGGGCAAUAUCAAUCUCAACUGAUUUCUGGCCUCAAGUCCGCAUUGUUUUGCGCCGACGCCAGGGUGAAAAGGGAAACAUAAUACAUGCGGUAGAUGCAACUCGCACGAUUAUUGGGACUAUCGAUGUCGAUACUGCUGUUGGAUUAACACCACUGCUCGAUUCUAGUUACAGUAUUCGGACCACAUCAAGAAUUUUGACUAGGACAAGAAAGGAAGGUGAUCUACCACCUGGAAGUGAUAUAAAUGCAUGCUAUGCACUCGAUCUAAAUCUCUAUGGCCCAAAAAAACUUGCCCUCAAUAUUGGGAAACAUCUAUCUCAAAAGAAUCUUUGGCUCAGAACUCCUUUAUUCGUCGAAGCAGGAGUUGAGCUAUACAAUCCUCACGCUGUCCAACCUCCUCCGCCUCCAGCUCGGACUUUAAGCUCUUAUAUAGGUCAUCGCAUGCAAGCACCGUCUAGAACGACUGAGGAAAUACGUAACGAUGUUAUUGGUAUGUUUGAUACAUUACAGCGCUCGAAACAUCUUCCUGAGAUGGAACCUGGCCCACACAUCAAAACCAAACUACUCAAACAUCAGAUGCAAGGUUUGCAUUUUAUGUUCAAUAAAGAGAAGCUUGACACUGAAGCAAUCGGGAAGAAAGAUAAUGUGUCUUUGUGGAAGAAAGUCUAUACACCUGAUCAGCAAAAAAUGUACAUAAAUAUAAUUACUGGGCAGGAAGAAACAGAAGUUCCUAAGCAAGUUCUUGGUGGGAUUCUAGCAGACAUGAUGGGUCUCGGAAAGACACUACUUUCUCUCUCCCUGGUUGUUGAGACACUAGAUACUGAUGCACAAGAGUGGGCUAAGCUUAAACCACCUUUAAAGAAUGAAAGGCAAAGCCCAAAUCAAGGGCGAAAAACCAAAUCGUCGGCUCCUAACCUUGAACAAGCGCUUCUCGUCUUAAAUGCUAAGACGACUCUUCUUGUAUCACCCCUCAGUACGAUUUCUAAUUGGGAAGAUCAAAUCAAACAACAUGUUAGGAAAGGCGCUUUGUCAUACUACAUAUACCAUGGGACAAACCGUAUCAAGGAUGUAGAGAAGUUGGCCACAUAUGAUUUAGUCAUAACCACGUACGGUUCUGUUGCCAGUGAAUUCAACAAUCGUAUUAAGAAAAAGAACGGGUCAUAUCCACUCGAACAAAUCAACUGGUUUCGUGUUAUGCUUGACGAAGCUCACAUGAUUCGAGAACAGUCGACGCAGCAGUUUAAAGCUAUCUGUAGGUUAGCAGCAAACCGUAGGUGGGCUAUCACUGGCACUCCUGUGCAAAACCGCCUAGAGGAUCUAGGUGCCUUGAUGUCAUUUCUUCGUAUUAAACCAUUUGAUGAGAAAGGAGGCUUCGCGCAGCACAUCAUGGCUCCAUUUAAGAUGUGUGACCCUGAAAUACUGCCAAAGCUAAGAUUACUCGUUGAUAGUAUUACUCUGCGCCGUCUUAAAGAUAGGAUUGACCUGCCGCCUCGUCAUGAUCAUCUUGUCAAACUUGAAUUCUCCGAGGAAGAGAGACCUGUCUACGAUAUUUUUGCAAAGAAUGCGAAGGAUCGAAUCAAGGCGAUGGUCGGUCAGCACGAGAGUGCUUUAAGUGGUAAAUCCUAUGUUCAUAUUUUACAAUCCAUCCUUCGCCUUCGGCUUAUCUGUGCUCACGGUAAAGAUCUUUUAAGCGAUGAUGAUCUGAAAGUAAUGAAUGGCAUCAGCAAAGACUCAGCGAUUGAUCUUGACAGUGAUGGAGAUGGUAACGAUGAGUCUUCAGGCUUGACUCAGAAGGAAGUCUACGACAUGUUUAAUUUGAUGAAGCAGACAAAUGCAGAUGUUUGUCUUAUUUGCGCAGGAAAAAUUGGACCCAGUGAUACUUUGGAUUUAGAUGGUGAUGUAAAACAUGGAGAAGUUAUUGGUUUUAUGACCCCAUGUUAUCAUAUUAUUUGCACAAAUUGCAUAAAAAAAUAUAAGUCUGACAUCGAAGAAUACUCCCAAGGUCAACCAAGAAUCAACUGCCCCAUUUGCCAACAGAACAUCAAGGUUUCGUAUUCUCCACUGAGAAAAGAGGGCUCUAACGAAAAUGAAGAAUCCACACUAAAACAGAAGAACUUACCUAGGCAAGGCAAAUGUAUCUCUGGAUAUCGUGGUCCCCACACUAAAACCAAAGCCCUGCUUGAGGACUUAAACUUGUCUCGACAGGAGUCUGAACUAAUACCAUCGGAGCCUCCUAUAAAGAGUGUUGUGUUCUCGGGGUGGACAGCACAUUUAGACCUUAUUCAAAUUGCUCUCGAAGAGAAUAGAUUUAAGUUCGUGAGGCUUGAUGGAAAGAUGUCACGUACUGCUCGAAGUGCAGCUAUGGACACUUUUCGGGAGGAUCCUUCAGUUCUCAUUAUACUCGUUUCGAUUACAGCUGGCGGCCUCGGCCUUAACUUGACCACGGCAAAUAAAGUGUAUAUAAUGGAGCCGCAGUAUAAUCCAGCUGCCGAAUCGCAAGCAAUCGAUCGUGUUCAUAGACUAGGACAAAAGAGGGAGGUUGAAGCGAAAAGAUAUAUCAUGAAAGAUAGCUUCGAAGAAAAGAUGCUGAUUUUACAGGAUAAGAAGAAAAAACUAGCAAGCUUGAGUAUGGAUGGUGAAAAGGGUCGGCUUGACAAAGCUGAGGCGGCAAGGAAGAGACUUGAAGAUUUAAGGAGUUUAUUUAAAUAA